GAGAGAGAUGGCUGGUGGAUGGAUCGGAUUUGGGUCAGUCAGCCUCAGCCUCUCAUCGACCUUACCUCUCCCUUUGGAUUGGACAUGGACUGGUGUGUGCUCGCCUUGCAAUCCGAAUAGAAAUUCCUCUGCUCCCUCCAUUGCAUUGCAUUGCAUUGGAUUGUGAGCGCAUCGCACUGCGGCAGCUACUCCGACGAGCAAUUAGAUUAAAUUAGAGUGAGCAACCAAGCACACUGCACAAACCCAUCCUCUUGGAAUUUUCGAUCCAUCCAUUAUUGCUCGCGUACGACAAGAAGCAAGUCCAGCAAAAUGGUGGCAACCAAGGCCUUGCUGUUGCAGCUGCCCACCCCUCCGCGGACGAUUCCUCUUCACCGCCACCGGCGUCGCCCGCCCGUCACCAUAACCAUGGCGUCCUCCUCAUCCUCCGACAGCCCCAACCCCAUCGUGCUCGGCUGCGGCGGCAUCUCCGCGGACUACCUGGCCACCGUCGCCUCCUUCCCCAACCCCGACGACAAGAUCCGCAGCCUCACCCUCAAGGUGCAAGGAGGCGGCAACACAGGCAACGCCCUCACCGCCGCUGCACGCCUCGGCCUUGCCCCCAGGAUCAUAUCCAAGGUAGCUAACGAUGCUCAAGGAAGAAACAUUCUCAUGGAGCUGCAAGCUGAUGGCGUUGACACAUCCUACAUCCUGGUUGCAGAGGAUGGAAAUUCACCUUUCACCUACAUAAUUGUGGAUAACCAGACGAAAACUCGGACUUGUAUACACACUCCUGGUUAUCCCCCAAUGUUGCCGGAGGAGCUCACAAAGGAAAACUUGUCGGCCGCUUUAGAUGGUGCAGACAUUGUCUAUUUUGAUGUACGAUUGCAUGAGACAGCUUUGGUUGUUGCAGAAGAGGCAAGUCAAAGAAAAAUUCCUAUUCUGAUUGAUGCCGAAAAAAAAAGGGAGGGACUGGAUGAGCUUCUUAAUUUUGCUUCUUAUGUUGUAUGUUCUGCAAAGUUUCCUCAGGCCUGGACAGGAGCCUCAUCAAAUCCAAUUGCAUUAGUGUCCAUGCUUUCAAGAUUACCGAACAUAAAGUUUGUUAUUGUGACUCUGGGAGAGAAAGGCUGCAUAAUGCUUGAUAGAAGCAUGACAGAUGCUUCUGAGUCACAGGAAAUAGACGUAGAGGCUCUGUUGGAAUCACUAGAACAGAAAGUUGAUUGGAAUUCUACCGUGCCAAAAUGCAUUGCUUCCAAGUCAAAUUUGAGAAUUAGUGCAGAUGGAGUAGGCUCCAUAAGUGGCAGGUUACUUCUAGGUACAGCCGAAGUUAUACCACCUGAAGAGCUCAUAGAUACCACUGGUGCAGGUGAUGCAUUCAUUGGAGCAGUUCUAUACGGUUUAUGCACUGGGAUGCCACCGGAGAAGAUGUUGCCUUUUGCAGCACAAGUGGCUGGUUGUGGUUGCAGAGGUUUAGGGGCUCGGAGUGGCCUUCCUCAUCGCAAAGACCCGCGCCUGGUUGGCUAUUGAUUCGGUCACCGCCUGCCUCUGCUUUCCAUACAGGAAUGGUAAUAAUUAAUAAGAAAGCAGCCUGUACCUGUAUAACUAUGACACAGAUCAAUAAUUCUCUGUGGAUGACGUUGUGCUUUCUGUUCAAUUAUUACUUAUUAUUGUGCCAAUAACUAAAGAAGUACGUACUACAUUGUUCCUUAUAACAAUA